GCUCCCAGUGGCAGAAGAUCGAGUCAGACCCAGUGAGCCAGCUGCUCCGCUGUUUGUUGUACGAGCAGUGCUUCUAACCGAGGUCAACGUGGGACUCUCACAGCUAGCUGAUCCCUGCUGCUGGACACAGCACUCCUGCACUGAGCACAGCAGAGACAGCUACUUCUAGGUGUUGGUUAUGGCUGCAAUUUAUCAAGCAGCGCAUAGAAGAGCUUCCUCUCUCAUGUGCAAGUUACACUCUACCUAUGUUAGAAAAAUGAGAUACUUAAAUGAGCUAAAGGAAGAUGACAGCCUUUGUAGACAAGCCCAGACCUCAGGAACUUUCUACCUAUUUCACAAUCUCUCUCCCUUCCUGCAGAAAGUUGGGGAGAAAUAUUUCGUACCACAGCUCAGUGCAGCAGAGAUGAAAAGGAUCCUGGAGGAAUUCAAAGAGACAGAACAGUGGAUAGAGAAGUCGGUGCUGAUUGGUUGUUCAGACGAGCACAUACCACACUUUGCCCUGGAUUUAGGAGCUUUGGAAAAAUCAGUCAUUGAGUCUGAACUCAAGGGAUCAUUUACUAACUUACGAAAGGCUCUCUUUGUAGUGGAUGGGAAGGAUUCUCCUUUGCUGGCUUCGGCCCAGUCCCUUCUCCAGUGGCACGAUUCCCACCAGUACUGUAGCAAAACUGGACAGCCCACUCAGAGAAACGUAGCUGGCAGCAAGCGUGUCUGUCAUGCCAGCGGAAUAACUUACUAUCCACAGAUGUCUCCAGUGAUUAUCACCUUGGUGUCUGAUGGGAGCCGGUGCCUCCUCGCACGACAGCCCUCAUUUCCCCAGGGGAUGUACUCUGCUCUGUCAGGCUUCUGUGACAUGGGUGAAAAUGUCGAGGAGACAGUCCAUCGAGAGGUGGCAGAAGAGGUUGGCCUGGAGGUGGAGUCACUCUGGUACUCAGCUUCUCAGCACUGGCCCUUUCCCAGCAGCUGCUUAAUGAUAGCUUGUCACGCUACAGUGAGGGCACAGCAGGCUGAGAUCAGUAUGAACAGGCUGGAACUAGAGGAAGCCCGCUGGUUUGGCCUGGAGGAAAUCGUGGAGGGUCUCAAGAGAGAGCCCAGAUCUUCAAAGCAAGAUGAUGGUAGUUUUUUACCCUGGUUCCCUCCCAAACAGGCCAUUGCUCACGAGCUGAUUUGUGAGUGGGUUAAGCAGCAGACUUCCCAGCCGGCUUAGACGUGACUUUAUCAAGUCUGUGAUUAUACCAGAACUAUGAAAGUUCAAUAAAAAAAGCUUCCAAAGUUACUGAAGGCAAAGUCUAUGUUACAGUGACAACAGCACCAGACUGAUGGCAGUCUUACACUCUAAUACGUAGACCUACAAAGCCAUUUCUAAACUGAUCAUCUUCAGACAAUUCCAUGAAGAGCAGAUCACCUUUGAGAUCCCAUGUCUUGCUGUAAACAUACAAUAAAAUUCUUAGUUCCACAGCAUCACACUUACUGUGACCCAGCUGCUGCUGUUGCCCAGCAAGCACCAGAAUAAUGAGCCCCUGGCACCUAUGUCUCAUUUUCCACCAUUUUAUCCAUCUUGAAUAGAUAUCAAAUGCAUCCCUUUUCCAGAAAAAAAUAACGGCACAGUGGCAUCUUUCAGUGUUCACAGUUAUAUGGAUCUGGAAGAAAUAUAAAAAAAAAAAAAAAAAGCCUCCCCAAAAACCAUAAGAAAAACCACUGCCUGUAUCCUGUAUGCUCUCCCCUUCUUCUGCUUCCUUUCCCAUUCAUUCUUCUAGUUUAAUGUAAAAUAUGUUUUUUUUCAAAUGUUAAAAUAGGCUUCUAUUUUGUUGAUAAAUCUGAGCUAAUAAAAAUAUCUUCAGAAGCACCAUUUUCCCCACUGGUAAGACAGUGUUACUUCCCAUCCCAAGGAAGAGAGAACAGAGCUAUCUGGUGGUAGAGAGUGGAAGAGCAAAACCUACGUAUAAGCAUAUCAGAAGAACCCAGAUAAUGCAAACGUGAGAGGAACUGCUGCAAGAAAGGACUGCACUUCUGACAGAGAAAAUUCCUGAAAGGUACAAUGCCUCUUACCGUGUGCCAGUGUCUGUGGCUUGCCUGCAGAGCUGGCCUUGUUUUACUGGUGAAAUGGUAUCACUUCUCUGGAAGGAGAGUGACAAACAGCCAGCCUGGGUAAGGAAAGCUUAGCAAGAGACAGAUGGAAGGUUGGUUGAUCUGCUGCUGAUUCAGGCUGACAGUCCAUUCUGCCUAUUUGAUGAGAGUUCCAGUGCCAAGAUUGCAAGGCCAUCAGUACAGGUACUUGAAGGGGGAACAGGAAUGCAUCACUGAUUGUCACCAUUAGGAUUCACUGCAGGUGAAAGACCUUUUGAGCAAUGGUAAAAAUCUGGAGUCAUGACAACUGAGCAGUAAGUAAAAAGGUUUUCUCAUACCACUGAGACAUGCUUUGUUUCUUCGGGUUAAUUUUACUUUAGGAGGUUGGGAGGGGAUUCUUUCAGGCCAUGUUGGCAUGGGCAAACACCCUUCCCACCCUCUCAGUCAAUAAAACACAUAUGAUAGA